GAUACAAGGUUAAGUUAUUAAUGUGAAGCCUCGCUCCUCCUUCAUCCUAUGGGCUGAGCCUAACCCAGCCUAGGCCUUGGCUGUGUGUGUCAGUUUCUCCCCAGCUAGCAAUGACUGUGGAGGAGGCAGAGGGUCCGGUGGACCCGGAGGGGGAAGAUAAUGUGGGGGUUACCCCCUUUAACCCUUUCCUGCAUGAGUUUCACCCAGAGGGAUUCUGGCAGAAAACUAGGUUUUAUAUCUUGGGUCCAAUACUAUUCCCCCUGCGUUUCUUGCUGGCUGCAAUCUUCCUUUUCCUCAUGUGGCCUAUUGCUGCAUUGCGAGUGGCUGGGCUCACAGAGGAAGAACUCAGCCGACCAAUCCGACACAGGCGAGUUAUCCUACAUCACCUAAUUUAUCUCCUGAGCCGCACCAUGUUCUUCAUGUGUGGUUUCCACUGGAUCACCAUCCGUGGCCGUCGUGCUCUCAGUUCAGAGGCCCCACUUCUGGUCGUGGCCCCUCACUCCACCUUCUUCGAUCCCAUUGUCACUGUGGUGUGUGACCUUCCAUCAGUGGUGUCUCGUGUGGAGAACCUCAACAUUCCUGUCAUAGGAGCUCUGCUCCGUUUCAAUCAAUCCAUCAUGGUUUCCCGUCAUGAUCCAGCCUCUCGGAAGAAGGUGGUAGAAGAGGUAAAGAGACGAGCAACCUCAAAAGGAGAGUGGCCUCAGGUGUUGUUUUUCCCAGAGGGAACUAAUGGCAAUGGCAAAGUGUUACUGAAAUUUAAACCAGGUGCUUUUGUGGCCGGUGUCCCAGUACAGCCAGUGCUUAUGAGAUACCCCAACAAACUGCCUGCCACAGUUUGGACAUGGAAAGGAAAUGGAGUACUUAAAGUGCUCUGGCUCACAAUGUCUCAGUUUUACAUUAAUCUGGAGAUUGAGUUCCUACCUGUUUAUCACCCAACCCCAGAAGAAAAAGUUAAUCCUGUGCUCUAUGCCAACAAAGUCCAGAAGAUAAUGGCAGAUGCUCUAGGAAAGCCGGCAACUGAGUAUGAAUUGAUGGGAGAUACCCCUGUUACUCCGGUUGGACAUUUAAAAGUGGCCCUAGACCCCAAAAUUUGGGAGAUUGGAAAAAUACUACAAAAAGCUGGGUUUUCAUUUGAAAGUGUGCAGGGAUUAAUUGACCUCUGCCUGGAAGGGGUCUGUUCUCGUGUGGGAUUGGAUGAGCUUGCAGAGAAACUGGGUGUGACACAAAGUGAUGUCCUUUCUAAAGUGUUCAGUUAUUUUCCAAAGGAUGCUUCAGGGAGGAUAGAUUUCAGAGAAGUUUCACUGGUACUAGCUGCCCAGGAUGCUACACGCUCUGCAGAGGAGUUAGCAAAACUUGCAUUUGAUCUUUUCUCUGCGUGUGAUGCUGACGGUUGCUUUCUCCUCUCGUCUGAUGGAUUCUCUUCCAUCCUACGAAUUCUCUUGGGCUCGCCUCCUGCCGACUGCAGCAAGGUGUAUACAGAGUUGUGCACUCAGUCCGAGUCUCGUGGCCUGACCAGAGAGGGGUUUAUGCGUUUUGCCAUUCGUCAUCCUUGUUACCGUCACCUCUUUUUGUUUUACCUGCGACCACCAGCUUCAGGACGGAAGAAGCCUCGCCGUGUCCAACAGAAUGGGGGCUGUGCUGGGAAGCAGCCAAAGGGGGAUUGAUAGAGUGAGGGAGAGGGGUGUUUUAAUGGGGGAGAGGGGAGGUGGGGGGAUAUGGCAUAUAAAAAAAGUUUUUAUUAAGAAAGGUGGGGGUAAGUGAGUUAUACUCUGCAGAUCUUAAUCAUAAACAAGAUGGGUCUGUUUAGAAGAGAAAUGUGGUCCACUAAAUAACGAAAAGAGAGUGAUAUUCAACGUGAUGGUUUGCAGGGGCAUUUGCUUUGUUACACCUUAAGAAUUCCUCACUCAGAAUUUUAUAAAAUUAUGCGUCCAAAUUUUAUUGAAUUCAGAGUAAGAAACCAUACUCUGAUUAAUAUUAGAAGUGAUGGAACAAUGCUCUCCAAUUAUUGGAAGCAUUCAGUGUUAUGGGGUUAUGCACUGAUGAGUUGCUUAUAACCAAUAUUCUGCAGGUUUUUGGUAAAGAUAAUGUGAAGGAGCAAUACACUACAUUGAUAGUAGCAUAGAGGGGUAUGGGUGCAGGUUUGGGGUGGUGGCACCCCAAAUAUUUUAGCUCUCAGGGAAUCAGCCUCCCCUUCCCCCAAAGAAUUUUACAUUUGUAUCUUAUUUACACAUUCUGUUUAUGAUUGGUCCCGUGUAUUAGCGGCUCUUGUUAUGGUUC